AUGGAGCGUACUCAAUUUCAAUAUCACAGUGGUGCACUUUCAUUCAGUGGAACGUCAAAUGUCAUGAACAAUGAAGUCAUUUAUGAAAAUAUGAGGCCAUUAAGAAGUGCAACAGUUGAAGAGGAUGAAAGAAAUGAUGCCUUUGAAGAUGAAGAUGAAGAUAAAGCACCAAUUGAUAGCAAAGGAGAUGAUGAUGUCCCUUUUAGAGUUGGUGAUCUAUUCGAGACUAGGGACCAAUUAGUUGAUGCUAUUUGGGAUUACUCAAUCAAAAAGUUGGUUAUAUUCAAACAAAUUAAAAGUAAUCGCACAAGUUAUGAGGCAAUCUAUUUUAUGAAUACACAAAGGAAAGGUCAGGUCGAGGAAAAUGAAGCUGAUUACGCAUGUCCUUGGAAGUUAUAUGCAUUUACCGGAAAGAAACAUAAUAGGUAUUUUAAGAUCACAGAAUACUGCAGUGUUCACACAUAUAGCAAUCCAAUGUUUGAGCAAGAUCACAGUGGUGCUUCCGCCUCUUACAUAGCUCGGUUGAUUAUGCCAAAAUUAAAGAAGCAACUUGAGCUAAGGCCCAAUAAUACAAUUGAUAGAGUGUUACAUACGAAGUUCGUUGAAACAUCGUAUAGUAAAGCGUGGAAUGCAAGGAGAUUUGCUAUGAUAAAAAUAUUUGGUGAUUGGGAGAAGUCAUACGCGACACUACAUCAAUAUCUUGAUGCGAUCAAAAGAAGCAAUCCGGGAUCUGAAUACAAACUCAUAACCAAAGAGAUCAAUCCGGGAGUUCAUCAAUUCACCUCUGUAUUUUGGGUAUUUGGUCAUUCGAUUGAUGGAUUUAAAUUUUGUUGGCUAGUUCUUAGUAUUGAUGUCACACACUUAUACGGUAAAUAUAAGGGUGUAUUGCUUGUCUCUAUAAGAGUAGAUGCAGAUGGUUGCUUAUUUCCUUUGUCCUUCACAGUUGUGGAGGUCAAGAACAGUGAAAAUUGGAAGUAUAAGAGCUCGAUGAGGUUGCUAAUAUGGCACAUGAUGCAAUGA